AUGGGCUUCCUCAGUAAGAAGGCGUUCAGAGAGGCCUGUUACAGGAUUUGGGCUUCGGUUGGUGGUUGGUGCUUGGUGCUUGAGGGAGAGUCUAAGUGGCAGCGGCCCUGUCAGAGGAGAGUCGUGCUAACGGCCGGGGGCCCCGGGGGCCGCCCAGCACAGCCCGGACGUGGGGGCUCCACAGGCGCCCAAAGCCAGACCCGGACUGAAGCGGCUCGACCAAUCACAGGGCUCGGGCGGUGCAGGCCCCACCUCCCAAACGUUCACCCAUUUCUCAAGUUAAAGCCAAGCUCUCAAGCAGGGAUCCGGGGCCAGUCUGGGGGCGCCGCGGACACAGCAUCCGCGGAGGGGGCGCAGGCGGAACCUUCGUCCUCAGCUCGGUGUUUCCCGCGACUCCGCUCCUAUCGCUACACUACCAAACCCACGGGAUUGGUAAUUCCAGCGAAACGAUUCGUGGACAUCCCAACGACUGAGUACAGUUUCUCCGUGCGACAUCUCCGUAAAGCUACCCCGCGAGUUCUCCUAGAGGAGGGCGCCCCACGUACGGCCGCCCACGCUCGCCCGCCCACCGCGCAGCUUCCGCCCGGCCUCGCCUCGUGCGCGUGCUCGGACCUGUGCUCAGGCGCGUACGCCGCCUCGCCCCGCCCCGCCCUGCCCCGCCCCGCGAGCACGCCGCCUCCGCCCCGCCCCGCGCGCACACCGCCCCCUCCCCGUCCCGCCCCGGCCCCCAGCGCCGCCAGCCGCUCUCCCUUCCGGAUCUCUCGGCUGCGCAUCCCCGAGGACCGACCCCCGACCCACCGCCUCGCGGGUGGAGGAACCUGGGUCGGGCCCGAGCGCUCUGUUAGCCAGAGGCAGGCGGAGGAGACCGGCUCGGCCGGGGGCGAGCCGCCGCGGGUGCCCUGCGCGCCCCGGAGAGAGGUGGGAGGGAGGCACAGUUACGCGAGGCCGCGCGGAGUAAGUGAGCUUGGGUCCGACUCGAGGUCGGGCUCCCGAUCGAGACUGGUGGGCCAGGCCCGGGAGCCGGCGGUACCCUCGCUCCGAGGAGCACUGAGCGGACACAAGAGGGACGGGCCGAGCGAGGACGCAUGGCCUCGCCAUUCCUGCCUGCGGGGGCUACCACGGGCGACAGCGGCGGAGAGCUGAGCUCGGGGGACGACUCCGGUGAUGUGGAAUCCCUCCAGAGUCCGAGACGAGGCUGUCCGGGAGUCUGACAGAGCUCUUUAGAAGGCUGCGGCGCACCUCCAAGGCCUGGUGCAGUGUGGCCAGCAGGGAGCAGCUCUGUACCUGUAUGCCAGGACAAGCAGGUCAAAGUUGGAAAUUGCAAUACUCCUAAACCAAGCUUCUUUGAUUUUGAAGGAAAGCAAAAAUG